UACCACCUUCAUUAUGGUAAUCAGUGUAGCUUUUGUGGUAUGGGAAUCACGCAAUUUCCGGCAUCCUUUCCGGACGACCUUCGCUGCAGGUGCUUGCCUCCCAUUCGCGCACUGGAACUGGUGGUAGACCUCACCAACCAUCAACCACCAACCACUCCACCCGGUCAUCGAAUUAGCAGACAGGUCUGCUGGUCGUGGGAGCGUUCCAUCCUGCUGUGAUGGACAUAACUAUAAUAUGGUAAGCGCUUUAACUUUUCAACCUGCUGCCAUAAUUUCCAGGCUAAUUGCCAUUGCCCUGCGCUUGAAAUGGAAAUUUACAAAUCAAUAAAAUUUAUUGCCCGGUCCUGGUGGCGGUUCGUCCUUCCCACCAUGGCUGCCAUAAUUAUACACGGCCUGUCCUGUCGCCACGGACUGACUUUCGUUAUUGUUUGCACUGAAAGACGUUGCCGAGGUUCUCAUAAAGCCAUCAAAUGCGAAAGUACACUGGAAAAAACCCCAUAGGAUACAUGGUAAAGGUCAACUUAUAUUGUAUAUUUAUGACCAAAGGCCUUUUAAAAUAUACUCAUAUACAUUAGUUUUCUUAUUGGUUUCUCAAAAAAUUAAGUAAGAUUACUUAUUAGCUCUUUAUAACCGAUGUCAUACGAAAGGAUUACGAAUUUUUUUCCGUGUAAAUGGGGGCCGGUAGUCCGCACGGAAACCGAAAAUCCAAUAACGGUUUUGGGUUCCGAGCCUUGCGUGCUCCACGAAGUCAUCGGUUUUCCAGUUUAGUUCGCAAUCGCCACCCGUGCCAUCGAGUAGCCCGUCAAACGAUGGCCAACUUCAGUCCGCACCAGCUGUCGAAUCCCCGGGCCAAUGUCUUCAUCCUGGUAAAUCUCGGUUGCGAGAUGCUCUACGUGAUCGAUCAGCGGCUGAAGGCGCAGCAGAUUGCUCAGGACAAGUCGGUUCAGGUUAUCCACGAUGUGACUUCUGUGCUGCUGGAACCAAAGUUUAUAGACUCGCUCCUAAACGGAUCGAAACACAACAGUGCGCAGCUUUUGACCGCCGAGCACUGCAAGUUUAUGCUGAACGACAUUGCCACCUGCUCCCUGAUGCGACUCGACGAGCAGUCUAUGUCCAAGCUGUGGAAUCUGAUGACCAUGGUCUACAAGUGGCAGCUGUUCGUUUCCCGCCAUCAGCACCACCUGCUGGAGAUUACUUUUCGGCACUUGGAGGCGAUCAACAGGUUGUAUCCGGAUGCCAAACGGCACAUGCUGAUUGACUUCACGAAGAACACGCUGCUGGACUUUUGGAAUGCCAGCGGUGAGGAUGCGCAGCUGUCCAUCUACCAGACGAAUCGGGCCUGGCUGCAGUGCUUUAACACAAAGAUAUCGCUUCUGAUUCGCAUGGGCUUUCAGGCCAUGGACGGUAGUUUCAUCAGGGACGUGGAUCAGGAUUACUACGCGGAAUACGUUGAGUCAGCCGGCGAUAAUAUCUAUGCGAAGAGUGCCGAGCAGCGGGAGCGCCAACAGCGAGAGCCCAACAGCAUGGACCAACUGGCAGCUCAGCUGAACAUAAAUCCGCCGCAAAGCGAGGAUCUGCAGCCCAUCAAUGCCCGCCAGUUCCAGCAGCAGUUCGAGCAGGCUUUCGGCAAUGUGCUCUUCAAUGACACAGCGGCCAGCUCCUCUGGCUGCGAGUUUGUCCAGCUGCAGCCUACGACAUCGGCAUCAUCCUCGGAAAAGAUGGCGACGACCAUGUCGCGGGGAGGAUCCUUGCUGAACCAGAACCUGCUGGACUUGUACAGCAAAAUGCCUUGAAGCCAAAGUCACUUCGUUUUGAAAAUAUUUAUUUCAGCUUCAGUUGGUUUUUGUAAAAUAAUUAUAAAAACGACGUAGGUUGCAUAGUUAUUCUUUGUUUGUUUGUUUGUUUUCAUCGAAGACAUUGUUGUGAUCAAAAAAUAAAUCAACUUUAGAAUAUUCAA